GCCCCGCAGCAUGGCGUGGGGCGAGCUCAGCCUGCGCUGGCUGCGGGAGGGCCGGCAGUCCAGAAAGCUCAUCCUCCUCAUCGUCUUCAUCGCCCUGCUGCUGGACAACAUGCUGCUCACCGUGGUCGUGCCAAUAAUUCCCAGUUACCUUUACAGCAUCAAACAUGAGAAAAAUGCAACAGAAAUCCAGACUCCUAAGCCUAACGUCAUUGCAACGACAGCGGACAGUUUUCAGAGCAUCUUCUCCUACUAUGACCACUCGAUGGUGCUGACUGGAAAUGAGUCUGAUAAGGCAGCACCCGGAGAGCUGCAGCACACUCAGACAGCACCGAUGAUGGUAAAUGCGACCGCUGCGCCUCCGGACUGCCCGAAGGAAGAUAAGGACCUGCUGAAUGAGAACGUUCAAGUCGGGUUAUUGUUUGCUUCCAAAGCCACAGUGCAGCUGAUCACCAACCCCUUCAUAGGGCCGCUGACGAACAGAAUAGGCUACCAGAUUCCCUUGUUUGCUGGCUUCUGCAUCAUGUUUGUGUCAACAAUCAUGUUUGCCUUCUCAGGAAGCUACACAUUGCUGUUCAUUGCAAGGUCCCUUCAAGGGGUGGGUUCCUCUUGUUCUUCAGUGGCAGGGAUGGGUAUGCUUGCCAGUGUAUACACAGACGAUGAAGAGAGAGGCAACGCGAUGGGAAUUGCACUGGGAGGCCUUGCUAUGGGAGUAUUAGUGGGCCCACCCUUUGGGAGCAUCAUGUAUGAGUUUGUGGGGAAGAGCUCUCCGUUCCUCGUGCUGGCAGCUCUGGCUCUGUUUGAUGGAGCUGUUCAAUUAUUUGUUCUGCAGCCGUCCAGAGCACAGGCAGAAAGUCAGAAGGGGACACCAUUACUGACACUUGUGAAGGACCCGUAUAUCAUCAUUGCAGCAGGAUCGAUCUGCUUUGCAAACAUGGCUAUUGCAAUGCUUGAACCAGCACUACCCAUCUGGAUGAUGGAGACCAUGUGUUCCAAAAAAUGGCAACUCGGCGUUGCGUUUCUUCCAGCCAGUAUCUCUUAUCUUAUCGGGACUAAUCUUUUUGGGAUACUUGCGCACAAAAUGGGAAGGUGGCUCUGUGCUUUACUAGGAAUGCUCAUUGUGGGAAUAAGCAUCUUGUGUGUACCAUUUGCUAAGAACAUCUAUGGGCUCAUAGCACCCAAUUUCGGAGUUGGAUUUGCCAUUGGAAUGGUGGACUCCUCCAUGAUGCCCAUCAUGGGUUACCUCGUGGAUCUGCGCCAUGUGUCGGUCUAUGGCAGUGUCUAUGCCAUAGCUGAUGUUGCCUUUUGCAUGGGCUUUGCAAUAGGUCCCUCUGCUGGCGGUGCCAUCGCAAAGGCAAUUGGAUUUCCAUGGCUCAUGACAAUUAUAGGGAUUGUGGAUAUUCUCUUUGCUCCUCUGUGCUUUUUCCUUCGAAGUCCACCUGCCAAAGAAGAGAAAAUGGCUAUACUCAUGGAUCACAACUGCCCUGUUAAAACAAAAAUGUAUACUCAGAACAACAUCCAGUCCUAUCCCAUAGGUGAUGAAGAAGAGUAUGAAAGUGAUGAGUAACGUUAAAAGCCAUAUAAUACAUUUUGGUGUACAAAAUGCAGUGUGAAACAUCUCAUCCAGAAGUAUGUUUUAGUUGUACUGUGGAGUUAAUAGUGGAAUGGUCAAAAACCAAAGGUAUAUUAUUCAUCUCCCAUGGAUAUAAAGUCAACUGCUAACUGCCUUAUAAAGAGGGAAAAAAAAAAGCUUUUAUAGAGAAUUUGUAUAGUGUUUUCCUCUGUGUAUUUAUUUUCGUUGAAUAUUACACAGUAUAUUUUUGAUUAAAUGUGUAGUAUAAAUCUGUAUAAACAUGUGAAUUGACACUGUUUGCUUCAUAAAGCCAUCACGUUACUUCAUGUUCUGUUUAGACUCGUAAGAGUGAACUCAGCUCUUGCCAAUAACUUCUCUAACUUACUCAGCAGAUUCUGGAGCUAAGAGUUUAGAUGUGGCAAGGAGUUGUGUUUGUUGAAGGUGCAACUUCUUCCCUGCUUUCCAAAGUGAGCUCCACCUGCCUGCCUGUGGAACACUGAGAGAAAGAAAAUAUGUCAAAUGCAUCAGGGUAUCUCUAUGUAGUCAGUACAAUUUAAUGAAGUUUUAACCAGCUAAGCAGCUGUGCACAACGCAGCCCCCAAACAAACACACAGCACUGGGUAAACAAGCAUGUCUGAAUGUAUGCAGUUCCUUUCCCUUAAGAAGGAAUAAGAACUGCAUGGAGGUCCUGUUUUACAUUCCAUCUUUUGGAUUUUAUUUUUCACAUCUCAACUGCAGUUUAGCUUUACUGUGAGUGGCUAAGGAAAGCUGCAGGAUCUCAGUAUUUAGUCUCAGCACAUACUGGGUGUAAGCUGGCAACUUGAGCAGUUCAAACAAAAAUAUUUUAUGUAAAUAUGUAUGCAAAUACAUAUAUUUAACUUUCAGAAAGGAAGUAAAACCAUCAACUUUGCUAAAGAUAACAAAGAUUUAGGUAUACAGUCUAAUAGAGGAACAGCAUUGGGGUAGAUGGUCUCUGUCUGCGAAGAGAAAAAAAUUCAGCUUUGAAAGAAAGCAUUUAACGUAACACACAACGUCCUUAUCGACUGUGGUGUCUUUUUAUUCGUAUAAUUAAAAUAUGGAUGUGCCUUCUUUUCCUGUACUUGCAGAUGUUUUAUGUACUGCAGCAUAGAUACCAUGUUUACAUAUAGUUUUGUAAAGUACAUAUAUAUAUAAAUGGUCAGAAAACAUGAAAAGUAGUGGAUCAGUUUUCAACUCAUGCUUUGUCAAUUAUUAUGGAGUCAGACCACGUUAAAAUAAAGGUAUCUAAAAUAAGUUCAUGAUCUUUUGUAAUAAAGGACCAAAUUACUCCCUUACCCUUCAGCAGUCGCCCCAUGCAUUGUGAUCUCUUGUAAAGUACAAAAACAACAACACUGAAUUAAUUUAAGCACUGGGAAAGCACUUUUCAUUUCUAGCCCAUUUAUGACUCCAGGGCACAAAUGCACAGCUUGUUUAAACAAUCUCUUCCAAAACCAACCACCCCGUCACCUGACUGCUGAUCUGAGGCUUGACUCCUGAAAGUGAAAUGGGUAAGGACUAAACGUGCAUUGCCAGGAUAUGCCCUCAUACACCGUGCCACAAGUGUUGAAGGAAGAGAGAAUGAAUAUUCUGAGAGAACAGCGGGAGAGGCUGAACAGUGUGA